AUGUUUCCCGCUCAACGAGGUUUAUACGGUCAUAGAUCUACUAUGAACCAAUUCGCUAAACCAGGAUACCACUUCAUGAAUUUUGAUCCAUUCCCUUUUACCAAUGCCAAUCUCACUGCUGACAUGUCAGGCAACAAAUCGCCUUUAAUGCAGUACCCCUCCUCAAGCGAUGAUCUCUUUGAUGCUGACUUGGCCAAGGAAGAUGCCACCAACUCAUUGAGCACUAAAAAACCUUUGAGCAAGGCUGAACGUCGUGCUGAACAUAAUGCCAUUGAACGUGCUCGCCGUGAAAACUUGAACACAAAAUUCCAAUCUCUUGCUCAAGCUCUUCCCAAUCUCAUCAAUUACCGCAGACCCUCCAAGAGUCAGAUUGUUGAAAAAGCUCUCGACUGGGUCAAGCAAAGUAUUUCUAGAGAAGAACGCUAUCGCUACCAAGUACUGCAGCUCCAAAGAGAAAACAAGAGACUGCUGGCUCAGUUAAUGCAACCGCAAGAGACUCCUGCUGCUUCUGCUCCUGUUUCUGCCAUGGCUCCUCCUUUGAUCAGACAGCAAUCCAUGCAAAUGCCCUCUGCUCCUAUGAUGAAUGCCGCUUCUUCCAAUACCAAUAUUCCCCAUAUGUAUACCGACUUAUCUUCUAACAAUGGCUGGUCCAUUAACAGCACAAAUCAUUACAUGGUUCCCACUCCUCAAAUGACUCCAUAUAGCAGUACUGAAGAACUGACAAAGCAGGACUUUAGUUCUAAAAGUGAUGAUGAAGACAAUGUGUCCAGUGCUAACGAAGAUGAUAUUGAAUAUCAAUCUUCACCAUGCAACCCCUCUUAUCUUGAACAUGGUUCUCCCCAAAACCAGUAUGAAGCCAACCACCAGCAAAACCACCGCGCUCUCAUGGCCGCUGAAUUGUAUCCUGUUGGCUUCCAGUCAAACGACACCCAUUUUGACCCAAACAUGAUGAACACUUGGAGUUCUUCUAAAUACUCUCCCUCCAUGAUGAACUCUGGCAAUAUUGACCCUGGACUUGGCAGUAGAUCUGCUUCUACCCACAUGCUGUAA